AUGGAGAACUCUUCCAGUGAACUUGUUUUUGAACUCCAUGGUUUGAACAAUGAGACUAAAACAAAGAGACAGAUCUUUUUUGGCCUUUCUCUUCUUGCCUAUGUUUUCACCAUUUUUGUGAAUUUACAGAAUUUAAUUCUUUAUGAGCCCAUGUUCAUAUUCCUGUGUAAUCUGUGUGUAAACAGCAUUUGUGGCUCUACAAGUUUCUAUCCAAAGCUACUGAUUGACCUUCUGUCAGACUCUCAUGUGAUCUCAUACUCUGCAUGUAUAAUCCAAAUAUUUGGAAUCUACACGUAUCUCAUUUGUGAAACUGCUAAUUUAUCAGUAAUGGCUUAUGACAGGUAUGUCGCAAUAUGCAAACCGUUGGAGUAUCACUCCAUUAUGACACCUCAGAAGGUAGGAAUGUUGGUGCAGAUGACGUGGUUCUUAUCUUUCAUUGAGACAGUUGUCGGUAUUGUAUUCACAGCCAGGCUGCCCUUGUGUGGAUCCAGAAUUGAUAAGCUUUAUUGUUUUAAUUGGGACUUAGUUAAGCUGGCCUGUGUAGAUACCACAUUAAAUAAUGUAUAUGGCUACUUUUUUACUGUUUUUCACAUAUUUCAAGUUGUACUUAUCGUAACCUCUUAUAUCCAAAUCACCAGGACAUGUAUAGAGUCUCAGACAGAGCGUAAUAAGUUCAUGGAGACCUGCCUGCCCCAUCUCAUCACAAUGACGGAGGAGAGCUGGGAUCUCCUCCAGGCGGUUACCCCACGGACGGAAGAGCAUGCAAUGGCGGAAGUGCGCUCCCUCCUACAGCAGCUCGUCAGCCGGGUAAAGGAGAAGCGGCUCCAGCCUCUCUCCUGCACGGAGUUAGCCAGUGAGCACGAGGGCUCACCACCCGCCUGGGACGACAUUGCUGCUGCCCGCCUGGCCGGCUUCCACCCAGAGAAGCUGCCUCCAUUGGAGGCGUAUCAAUACCGGCCAGAGCGCCUGCACAGCAAGGGGAUCAGGGCCAUCCAGGACGCUAUUCUCCGGGUUCCUAAAGCCCUUAAAUGGGCACCCGCAGCCACGCCCGAGGCUCCGGCUGCACCGCCUGCCGCCAUGCCCCCUACUUUGCCCGAGCCUCCACCCUCGGGGACCUCCCUGACUUUCUCUCCCUUGCCCCACCCACGUUUCAGCUCAGACACCUCCCUGCAGGCUCUCAGAAACAGCCUUUCUAUAAUGUACCUCAUUGUUCCUCCUAUCCUGAACCCUCUCAUUUAUGGUCUGAAACUGAAGCAACUUCGCAGAAUUGCAUCCACCUUGUCUUCUACUGAGGUCCUGUCAGUGCCCACCUCAUCACCUCCUGUUAUCACCCAGGCAUCCACCUUGUCUUCUACUGAGGUCCUGUCAGUGCCCACCUCCUCACCUCCUGUUAUCACCCAGGCACCCACCUUGUGA